CCCGAUACAACUGCCAAAAUGGAGAUUGGGGAUCACUAUGAAAUCGAAGAUAUAUCAUCAUUCCUGCUAUACAAGAGCUGAUGCAACACUCAGUUGGCUUUAAAAAUGGAUUCAUUAGAAUAAAUCCGCCAGGAUUUAUCUAUCUCUGUGAGACUCAAAAAUAUUUGGACAGACUGAGAAAGUUUGAAGUGAGGGAUGACGAUAUUUGGAUUUGCACAUUUCCUAAAUGUGGAACAACAUGGACACAAGAAAUGGUUUGGUGUUUGAUGAACGAUCUGGACUUCAAAACUGCUAAAACCAUAGACUUGGAUGAAAGGAUGAUUUUUAUGGAACAAAUAUCAAUAGAAAAGGAGGCCUCAGCCGAAGUAUUUCCUGACACGAUAAAACUUGCUUCAGAACAACCAUCUCCAAGAAUCAUCAAGACUCAUCUGCCAUUUACAAUGCUACCAGAUCAAAUCAGAACUAAGAAAAGAGCCCGAAGAUUGUGCAUCUCGAGGAAUUCUCGUGAUGUCUGUGUGUCCCUCUAUCAUCACUGGAAACUUUUAGAAGGGUUCAAUGGUGGAUUUGAUUUGUGGUCAAGAUUAUUCUUGGAGGGAUAUAGUGGUUAUUAUUCUCCAUUUUGGAGGCAUGUAGAAUCAUAUUAUGUGUCAGAAUAUGAUAAUAUCAUAUUUUUAAAAUAUGAAGACAUGAAAAAAGAUCUGAGGAGCAAUAUCAAUUCAGUUACUACCUUUCUGGGGUGCAAAAGUCGUACUGAAGAUGAAAAGACUCAGCUUGAAGAACAUUUGUCAGUCAAGAACUUCAAAAGUUGUCCCACUUUGAACAAGGCUAAUUUUGUUGAGCACAUGGAAAAUAUAGGCUCAUCGAACAGUGAACAUGGCGUUGGUUUUGUGAGGAAGGGAAUUGUAGGAGACUGGGUGAAUUAUUUUACGGAGGAAAUGUCAGCCAAGUUCUUGGAACAAGACAUUGAACUGUUCAAUCAGUUCAAUCCACAAGAUUAGUUGUCUAUGCACUAAUGCACAUGGAUCUCUAUCGAUACUCUCUUACGUUUUAUUACAUCCUACUUGCUGGAUACCCUGUUUAAGGUAUAUCACCAACUACCAACUUCACUGAGAAGAAUUUAUUGGUGAUUGGCAGAUGGCAGUCAAUGUGUCUUACUUAUGUAUGUUUGAUUUUGAUUCAUAUAUUCAGAAGGUCUAAAUCUAAUUAAUGACAAUUUAAGAGGGUAAAUUACAGACUUUGCUUUUAAAUAUAAAAGAAUUGAUUAGUUUAUAAGGAUGUUGUUUUUACAUUUUAAUUUUUUUAAACAUUUUAAUCUACAGUGAAUACAGUGAUAGCUGACCUGAUUCAUGUGUUGGCAACCUUUUUCAUCUAGCUGUCACGUACAUUGAGAAGUGUGAUCAUAUUAUACGUAUCUUGUUAUUAAUAAAGCAGCUACUUCAAGUAAUAUAUUUUGAAGAUGAUAAUUCUAUCAUUGGGAAUAAGGCCUUUUUAUUAGCUUAUAUAAUA